AUGAACACUAAGGAUUUUGUAGUUCUUCCAUGGGGAAAACCUGGAAAUUCUGUAAAGCUAAAAUAUAAAAAUGCCCAAGAACUGCGGAUGGAGAAAGUGCAGUUAGAGUUGGAGAACCAAGAAAUGGAAAAGAAACUACAAGAAUUAGAAGCAAAAAUGAACAAAGAAAGGGACAAAAAAGAGUCAACUGGAUAUCACUGGAAAUCAGGACAAGCGGGCAAAUUGGGUAAUCGAUCACACAUGAUGUCACAGAAUAAAGGAAAUCUUAUUAAGUUUUCUGCUGGAAAAGUGAAACUAAAGUUACUGAAGGAGCAGAUUCAAGAACCUGUGAAACAACAACUCAAUUAUAAAAUGACAAAUUCUUCUGAAAAUGAAAAACCCAAGAUAAAAGGGAAGGUUUGUGGACAGUGUGAGAACAAAGCUGCUCUGCUAGUAUGCCUUGAAUGUGGAGAAUAUUAUUGUUCAGGCUGCUUUGCUAAAAUCCACCAGAAGGGGGCACUGAAACUCCAUAGAACAACACUUUUACAGGCAAAAUCUCAAACAUUAUCCAGUGUAUUGGAUGUGGCCUAUCAGUUUAUAAAGGAAGUUAAUCCAGCUGAAUCUAAAGUGGAGAAUCAGUCUACAAAAGAGAUUAGUAAAAGUCGCCAUCAAUUGGAAUCUCUACUUCAUGGGAGCAGUUCUGAGACUGAAUUUGCAACAUCAAAAAAAGUGGAGUCUACAAAUCAAAACAAUGGGCUCUUGUGUGAAGGAUCCUUUGAUGAACAAGCUUCUGCCAAGUCCUUCCAGGAAGUUUUAAAUCAGUGGAGAACUGGAAAUCAUGAUGACAAUGAGAAACAGACCUUAAACGCAGCAAAAACAAACUCAAUGGAAGUGUGUGAAGUACAGACUAAUUUGAAAAUUUGGAGAGAACCACUUGAGAUUGAAUUUAAAGAAGACAGUCUAUCCUAUAUGGAAAAAUUAUGGCUUAAAAAGCAAAGGAGAAUUAUGCAGGAUCAACUUCUUAACAUGCAACCAGAUAAAUUCGUACAUCCCUGUGAAACCACUCGUGAGACACAGUUUUCACCAAAUGGAAGUGAUGAUGAAAGUGUUGAAGUGACCAAAGAGCAACACCCAGCUCUUUUUCUUCCAGUAGAAGAAUUAAAAAUAGAAAGGCCUAAAUCAUCUGUAAAGAUAGUCGAACUGGAUAAUACUUAUGAAGAGGAAUUUGAGGAACCAGGAAAUGUUGUGCCUUACAAAGUUGAAUUAGCUGAUGCAAACAGUAAACAAAGUUGGACAGUUCCUGAUUAUCAAAAGAAUAAUUUUCCAUACAAAAAUGUCAUCCAUCAACAUUAUUUCAUUAUGGGAAAAAUAGACCUCUUAAAUUUUUGUCAGACCAACAGUUCUUCUAAUUGUAAAGAUAAUUCAAAAGCAGGAACUUCAAAUACAGAUUUUGACAUUACCGAGCCUGAUGUUUAUUCUCUUGCCAUUGAAAAAAUGGAAGGAAACAGCUUUUGUGAGAAAAACUUAACAGAGGAAAGUAUAGAUAUAGAAAGCAACCCAAAAUCUACUGAUUCCUGCAUACCAUUUGAGAGCAAGGAUUCUUUGCCAAGUAUGGAUUUAGAAGACGCUUCCAUUAAGGAGAAAUUAUCCCAAUCCUUUAACUUUAGCAAUCUGCACAAGAAGCCGAACUUACAAGAUUCUAAAACUACUGAAUCACCACUGUUGUUACAGGAAAUAGCCCUAAGAAGUAAGCCUAUAACUGACCAUUAUCGAGGACUUGAGAAAUUCUUUAUUUUGGAUAAAAGUGAUAGACUAAAAUUACUUCCUUCACAGAACUUAGAAUGCAGCUCUUCCAGUACUAAGAUCACACUUGCAGGAGACAGAGAAUGGAUCCCAGACCAUAGCUUAAGUGCAUAUGCUGAUAAUGCAGUUGCUUUGGAUGUCCUUCAGAAUGCCCGCAACCCAUCACCAAGACGAACAGAGCAAAGGAUGGGCCAAACAUCAGAGAGACCUUCAACAGUACAUUUACCACUUUCCAACUCUGUUACAAAAAGUUCCAGCUGCCUUUCUUCCUCUCAUCUGCGACCAAGAAGUGCAGCUGCUCGAUCAUUAUCCAGAGCUGUUUCUGAAAUUUCAGAAAUUGAAUAUAUUGAUGCUACUGACCACAAUGAGCCUUCCUUAGACAACACUGCUGACCAACAAACCAUGGACAGUUUGGAAAGAGAACUGAAUGAGCUAAGAAAUCUUGCAGAUCCUUCAGAAAAGCUUUACAGUCUAACCUCAGAAGAGAUACCACCCUUCAGCAGCCAUUCACCGAGUAUGAGUGAGACAACCACAACUUUCCUGAAGACUUCAUACUUAAGGAAAUCCUGUGGCAUUGAGGAACAAUGUUCUGCUGGAAAAGAUACUGAAAUUUCAUCUUGGAUGACACUUUCUGAGAGCAGUACAGAUGAGGCUGAAGAGGAUUUUCUUGAUAAGCAACAUGUCAUCACACUACCAUGAUCAAAUAAUACUUAA